AUGUGCUUAACAAAUACAUCAUUGAUCAUGACCAAUUCAUCAUCUUUAAUUAAUAAAAAUGAUGAGAUUUUACAUGUUAUUUAUGAUUAUACAGGCAAAGAAGAUGAUGAAUUAACAUUAAAACGUGGAAGUAUUGUAGAAGUUUUAUCAAAAGAUGAAAAAAUCUCAGGUUCAGAAGGAUGGUGGACUGGUAGACUUAUUGAUUCUGAAUCUGUUGGUAUAUUUCCAGCUAAUUUUGUUGGUAAUUUUGAACCAAAUUUACGUGUUAUUGAAGAAAAAGAUUUACAAAUUGGAAAUUUAAUUGGUAUUGGUGGUUUCGGUCAUGUUCAUUAUGGAAAAUUUGGUGAUAUUGAUGUAGCAAUAAAAACUGCUAAAUCUUUAACAGCAUUUAGUUCAAUUGAAAUAUCAACAUCAAGUAAAUCUCAUGAUGAUGAAUCAUCUGAUGCUGUAAAAAAAAAUCUUAUUGAUGGUCUUUUACAUGAAGCAUGUCUUUUUUCUAAUCUUCGACAUCGAAAUAUUAUACAAUUAUUUGGUGUUAGUCCAUCAAUAUCAACAAGAAAUCUUUAUCUUGUUAUGGAAUAUGCACAUGGUGGUGCAUUAAAUAAUCUUUUACAACGAAGAAAAUCUGGUCUAUAUCCAAAUGUAUUUAUUCAAUAUGCUAAACAAAUAGUUGAUGGAAUGAAAUAUUUACAUGAAGAAGCAGUUGAACAUAUUAUUCAUCGAGAUUUAAAAUGUUCAAAUAUUCUUAUUUUAGAAGCAAUCGAAAAUAUUCAUAAUGAAAGUGAACUUUUAUAUAAAACAUUAAAAAUUACAGAUUUUGGUCUUGCAAGAAAACAACUACAAUCAUCAAGUAUGUCAGCGGCUGGAACAUUUCCUUGGAUGAGUCCGGAAUGUAUUCGUAAUAAUGAAUUUUCAACAAAAUCUGAUGUUUGGAGCUUUGGUGUUCUUCUAUGGGAAUGUUUAACAGGUGAAAUUCCUUAUAAAGGUUUUGAUCAAAUGCAAGUUGCUUUUGGUAUAGCUACAAAUAAAUAUUCAUUACCUAUACCAAGUACAUGUCCAGAAGAAUUUUCACAAUUAAUGAAAGAUUGUUGGCAACUUCUUCCAAAAGAUCGACCAACAUUCAGUGAAUUAUAUGAACAAAUCAAUAAAAUUAUUGAAAUAAAUUAUACAAAUAAUGAUUUAAGUUAUAUGGAAACAAAUGAUGAAACAUAUUCAUCAUUACAACAAGAUUGGCGUAAAGAAAUUCAAGAUAUAUUUGAAGAAUUAAAAACUAAAGAACAAGAAAUUCGUGAUCGUGAACAAGCUAUGCUUCAAUUAACAAUUCAACAAAAUCAUCAACGUAUGAGAUUACAACAAUGGGAACAAGAAUUACAUGAACGUGAAAUGCAUAUUAUUGAACGUGAAUUAAAAUUAUUAAUGUCAACUAAUAAUCAAGAACGUCUUCAUCAACAAACACCUAAAGUACAAAAACGUUCAGGACAUUUUGGUCGUUCAUUAUUACAUGCAGCACUUAAUGGUUCAGCUACACUUUCAUCAACUACAGCUUCAAAUUUAAUUAGUGGUCCAACAAAUUUUCGUCAUUUAAUGUCAAUUUGUCGUGAACAAAAUUUACAUCAUCAUCCAGCAAUUGAUUAUGAUUCAUCAUCAUCAUCAUCAUCAACUAAUCCUAAUACGACUUCUCCAAUACAAAUAUCAUGUUCAACAAAUAAUAUACUUCCAUCAAAUUCAAUAUCGACACAAAUACAUUCAGAUUUAUCAAAUAAUCAAUCUACAACACAUAAUGUAUAUACAAGUCAAAGUACACCAACAACACCUAAUUUAAAUCGACUUCGAACAUUAACUUCAAGUGGAGAUCUUAUUAUAAAUGUAAUUGAUGAUAAAGAACCUUUAAUAAGCAAUGAUGGUAAGAAAACAAAAUAUAUAGCAAGAUAUUUUUCUUACAUUGAUGAUAAACAAUAUCAUAAUAUAGUUCAUGUUCCAGUUUUAUCUGAUGAAUUCGAUGAUGAAACAAUUGGAAAAACGUCACGUUCUUCAUCAACUAGUCAAGAUAAAAUACCAGCAACAAAACUACAACAUUCACGUUGGCGUAAACCUAAACAAUGGACAUCAUCAUCAUCAUCAUCAUCAACAACAACAAUAAAACGAAAAUAUCCAAAAACUAAUACACGUCUUGGUGAAUCGAAAUGGUAUAUUGAACCUACAUCAUCUAUGAAUUCAAAUAAUGAUGAUACAACAAUAUCAAGUACUAAAUCAACUCCAACUAUGGAUCGAUCAACACAAAAAACUGGUUCCUCCUCUUCAUCAACAUGCUCAACACCAAAUGAUCGUUCAUUAGCUCGUGGUAUUUAUGAUAUUAAUUCUAUGUUAAUUUCUGUUGGACUUGGUCGACCACCACCACCUGUUCGAUCCAAUUUUUCUGAAUUUAUUUUAUCUGGACCUUCUUUUUAUACUUCUUCAUCAUCAUCUUCUUCAACUACAACAAUAAUAAGAGCUACUAAUCAAUCAAUACUUCGUUCAACAAGUGAAACAACCAAUACACAAAGACCAUCAUUACCAACUUCGACUGAUAUCACUUCAUCUCCAUCAAUUAAAAAACAACAUAAACGAACUUGUUCAUCACCUUUGACAGAUACUAUUACUCAAACUAAUGGAUUUCCAAACAUGGGUUGUGGAGCAAUACCUUUCUAUUCACCUAUUCGACCUGAUUCUCUUACGUUUUCUUCGAAAUCACCACCAUUAUCAUCAGCUAUGACAAAUAUCAGUCAAUCGGAUUCACACUUAGUUGAUAGUCAUUUUAAUCAUAGAAAUCAAUCGACUAAAAUAACCAAUCCAUUACAAGAAAAUAAAAAAAUAACUCAUAAUCAUAGCGAAAAAUUUCGUUCAACACAAUCAAACGAAAUUUGUUCACCUAUGACACAUUCAAUUGUUACAUCAUCGAAUAUAUCAACUUCUCAACCACAAUUACAUCGUUCUUGUAUACUUGAUAUUGAUUCUGAAGAACAAAAAACACUUGAAGCUGAAGUUUUAGCACCAGAAAUUGAUAGAAAAAGAAUAUAUAAUUCAAAUCAAGAUCUUGAUGCAGAGUUUUUUAAUUGA